AUGGGUUGUUUCGGAUCCAAGCAACGGCAACAAAAGCCUGGACUGUUCGACCAGACUGCCCAAGAGCACGCGAUGGAUCUUGAUUCGCCAACCCAGCCUUCGCGACCUGUCAUGCAAGCUACUUCUCGACCAGCCCGACAAACAAACAGCGCAGCUGCAGCCAUCCAUCAGCAACUUCAUAGAGGAGCAAGUCCCAUUUCAACAACCCAGGCAGGUACGGAUAUGACACAACCAGCAUCAAUUCGAAGGAAGCCGGUCGCUGGUCGUGGACAGGAAGGCGUACGCGGGGCAGAUACGGAGGAAGACCCGUUCGAAUUCCUCAAGUAUUUCGACACUGUUUUCCUCAUUGACGACUCGAAAGCCAUGGCCCCCUACUGGGAAGAAGUCACCGACUUGAUUCGCGCCAUAGUGCCACUGUGUAUGGAACGGGACACGGACGGCAUCGACAUUUACUUUGGCAAUCACUCGCGUCGCUGGCAUGCAAAUGUUCACGAGAGGGGCUACCGCCACAUUGGACUGCUGACGGGCCACCCCGGCAUGCACGACAAUGUCGAGGGCAUCUUCAACGACGUCAAGCCCAAGGGCAAGCACGAUGUCACCGAUCGCCUACUGGAUCUGCUCAAUAAACACACCUACGACCUGAUGGGACUGGAAGGACAACCCAAGCCGAAACCCAUGAAUAUCAUUGUGGUUACUGCGCAGCCUUUUUCCAACCGGAUAGCGCGCGUGCACGAGACGGCCGAGGAGCUGGACAAGAUGAAGGCUCCAGCCUACCAGGUGGGCAUCCAGUUCUUUCAAAUCGGCGACGACGAGACGGCGAGCUGGCAGAUGGCAUCUCUGGAUGAUCUCGUCCACCAAAAGUAUGGCACUAGAGAUAUCAUGGACACUGCGACGUGGACAGAUGGCCCGGGCAAGCUUUCGGCGGAAGGCGUGCUCAAGGUUGUGGGCGGUGCUGUAGAACGCUCACUCGACAACACCAAACUCGAGCAAUUGAGAAUGCCUGAGAUGCCACCUGAUCAAUGGUAG